AUGGCUUCCGUACCGCCGCCACGUAACACAUCAUCAGAAUCCGAUCGACGGCAGCUGCCCGUUAUCGCGCCGGUCGCAUGGCCGCCCAUGGCACCACCUCCCAUGGCCCCGCCGCCACCGAAUCCACAGGCGCCACCGUCAUCAGAUGACGAAGGCAGGGCUACCACGGAGGAGAUACAGCAAGCCAGGGACCGGUUCGAACAUUACUGGAAGGGGGAAUACGACUGGUGGAGAGAAGAGGAACGUGCAGAUAGACGGAGAGCUCAUUACACAAGGCUCCAGGUCCCGAAACCGAGACCACCUGGGGCGCGCCCAAAUGCCCCCCAGGCGCCACCACUGAGGGUGAACCAGCAGAGGAUCCGAUGGAGACAGUCGAGGCGCGAGGACCCACAGAACUUACGGCAGUACGUUGCUGAAGUCCAGAGUGGGAAGUACCAGAUCAUGAACUUCAUGCGCCCUCUGGGCUUCAGGCUUCUCAAGAUCCUUGGGAAAGGCGGCUUUGGCAUGGCUUGUCUGUUCGAGAUGACAGAUGUCGACGGAAGAAAGCACAAAAUCGUGGUCAAGGCAGGGACAGGGAGGGAUCUGCAGCGAGAAAGGACGUGUCUUCGUCUCUUCGCAUAG